UUAAAUCCGUGUGUAUUUCUCUAUUAUUUCAGUGUAGAGAAAUUCAUUUUCAAAUCUGCUCUGUUUAGCGUACGAACACAUUUUCGCCCGACAAACGCUUCGCCUGAUGAUCAAAUUUCACGGGGAGCUGUUUAGCACUGCACCUGUAUCCGCUUGACCGAGCACCGCGGGAGAAGGAUUCCGUUUGUCGUAUACAAGGAUUCUUUGGAGCGAAGAAUGUUAACAAGAAGAAGAUUGUUUUCAAAGCGACUGAGUCUAUGGGCGGCUUUGAUCACAUCGUUUUUAUUCGUUUGCUCACUAGUUGUGGGUCGAACUGCAGAUGCUGACUGCAUGAAAAGACUGAGAGUGUCCGACACUUUAAGCUAUGCAAUCCGAUCAGAAGGAUAUCCAAAUGGAUAUGAACAGAAUAAGGAAUGCUGGUGGGAGCUGAAUAUGACAAGCAUGUUCCAACAGAACAAAACCAUCAAACUGCAAUUUGAUGUGGACAUAGAAGAUUCUAGAGACUGUAUUAGAGAAUCUGUGACGGUGUAUGCUUUCACAUCGCCAGAAAAUACAACACUAGCAGUUCUGUGUGGCAGGAUUGAGAACAGAACACACGAGUUCUUCAUCCCAUAUAUCUUGGUUGUGUUCAGGUCUGGAUCUGUUCCUUCACAGGAAAAACAAGGCUUCAAGAUGGCCUUCCAGAUGAUUGAUGGUACGUGCCAUAAGGAAUUGGAUUCAAAUGACAAGACAUUUCGUUCUGUGUAUUCAAAGAACUACCCUCAACCUUAUCCCAGUUUUCAGAGGUGCACAUAUCUCAUACGGGCAGGAACACGCAACGAAUCUCCUGUCUUGACUUUCACGUUUACAGGCAUGGGCUAUUACUGCAAUAAAGAAUAUAUUCUUGUUUAUGAUGGAGACUCCGAACAAGGGCCGUUGUUAAUGAAGCUGUGUCGUUAUGACACGGCAACAUUGCGUAGCCUGCUGGGAAGUCUCUAUCUAGUGUUUGUGAGUCAUGACAACUCUAUACAUCAUAUAGGAUUCAAAGCACGUGCCAAAGAUGCAAUGUGCGGGGAAGUUUUAACAGCAAGAAUUGGUCGUAACAGGAUAUUCAAAUUUGGAAAAGCUUACCCAAUCAAUCAUCCAAUUACCUGCGAGUGGCAAAUCAAGACCGAUAGAGGCUACAAAGUGCUGGUGUCCUUCAGAGGACUUGCAGUUGACUGCAAGAAUAGUAGGAUAACAGUGCAUGAUGGUAAAAGUACGGGUUUGUCCAAUGAUGAAGGUUCCUGGGAUAUUUGUGGCCAAAAGAAAAAUUACACCUUCAUGAGCUCUGGCAACCACAUAUCCUUCAAGUUGAAUAGCCAGGGCCAGGCUGCACAGCCUGUAUCCUUCUCAAUCAAGUUCAUAGGGUUUGUGAACAAAGCUUGUUACAGAAAUGAGAAUGACAUUGGAGGUGACAUUAAGGGAUAUCUGACAGCUGAAGACAUCAAACAUACAUUGACGUCUCCAGGCUACCCCGACCUUUACCCAGACCGAAUAGAAUGUGUGUGGCAAAUGCAGGCUGACACGUAUUUAGGCAGAGUCAGGAUUACAGUGGUUGAAAUGGACCUUCACACAGAGCCGGAGUGUUAUGACAGCAUCAGUUAUUAUCAUGGGAUAGUGUCUGAUCUUGACAAAAAGCCAGACAUGAUUUUAUGCAACAACAUGACAUCAACAUUCGUCAGUGAGAGUCAGUUCAUAACUAUUGUGUUUUCAACCAAUGAGUAUGGAAUAGGAAAGGGAUUCAAGCUAGACUAUCAGACCAUUGAAGACGAAGUUUAUUAUUCAGAAGACACUGAUACUGCCAAAAUUGAAACAUCAUCAGGAGCACCAGUAGCUGCAAUAUCGUGUGUAGUCGUCGGCGUGAUAGUGAUAGUUAUUGUUGCAAUCUACUGUUAUACAAGGUCUAAAAGGCAACCAAAUCUUACACCACAACCGCUGACCGUGCCAGUCUCUCAAUAUCCAAACUACCAAGGGAGAGAAUCCGCAGCCCCAUUUCUUCAAACCAGCACUCCCACACAUACCUUGAAUCCCAGUGCACCACCGCCGAUGUACACAGAUCUGACCACCCCGCCUGUGUCACAGAUUCCUCAACAUCUACCUCUAGUGCCGCCACCGAGUUAUCAUGAGGCUAUCAGCCAGGGAAUGAUUGAGAAGGCAUCAGAUACAGCAAUUUGAGCAUGUUUUUUACAUGCGUUUGACACCAAAAUCAGUCUCACUGAUUAUGACCUUUGGUCUGUUAGCAACAAAGAAAUGUUUGCAAUGGACUACUAGCUGCUUGGGCUUUUCUCUCACAUUGAACUGAAAUAUUGCUCAGAGCAGAGCAGUGUUAAACCUAACUCAUCCUUGACCCAGCUCUUUCAGGGUAACCAGUGUAGAAACUAUAGUUAGGCCUGCAAAUGUGAACCUGGGUCUUAGUGGGUACAGUAGAGCUUACAAAGUGCCCCCAAUGUGUAGAAAGUAUUUUGAGGCCUGUAAAUGUGAACCUGGGUCUUUAUAGGUACAGUAGAGUUUACAAAGUGUCCCCAAUGUGUAGAACUUAUUUUGAGGCCUGCAAAUGUGAUCCUGGGUCUUUAUAGGUACAGUAGAGUUUACAAAGUGUCCCCAAUGUGUAGAACGUAUUUUGAGGCCUGCAAAUGGGAACCUGGGUCUUUAUAGGUACAGUAGAGCUUACAAAGUGCCCCCAAUGUGUAGAAAGUAUUUUGAGGCCUGCAAAUGUGAACCUGGGUCUUUAUGUAUUGGAGAAAACACGCUUACAAGGUUUUGGUAGACGGAGCAUGCCCU